GCCGGAUUUUAUUAUUUUUGCAGGUACAUAAGUACCUCUUUUUGAUAAGAUAACGAUACCCGCCUAUCGGUCUGUCCAACCCCCGUCAUUUCCGCCACAACGUACCAGGUUUCAGCAUGUCUUUAGGGACCCUCCAGCACCUACAGGCCCAUCCUACAGGCCACCUGUGCCUGACGCUUAGUGCUGAGGCCGCAUCCACGGACCCUGCGAGGCCAGCCGACUAGGACUUAGGUAAGUUUGUUGGCUCUGUACAGUGCUGCGUACACAGGUGCAUAGCCUCGCCGACCUCCAACACAUCUACACUCCGAGCUGUCGAAGCUCCAGAUUCCAUCUCGACUACCAUCGCCCAACGACGAAUCCACCGCUUCCCGAGGAAAUCGACUUAUCACCAUGCGUCUCAUCCCGGCUGCCGCGGCCCUAGCGGCGUGCUGCGCGUCGUCGGCGCGCGCCUUCUCCGACACGUCCCCCUUUGUCCUGUUCUCGACCGCGAAGGUCGACACGCCCGCGGGCUGGGACCAGAUCCAGUCGGGCACCGAGAUCCGCGCGGCCGCGCGGCGGCUCCUCGCGUCCUGCCCGACGGACCGGUACCUCGUGGUGUCGCAGCCGAACCUCAACGCGGGCCACCUGUACGCGGCGGCGGCGUCGAAGCCGGAUACGAGCCUGCGCGCCGCGCUGGGCCGCGCCCGCUCGCGCUACGCCGUCGCCGAGGUGGCCGGCGGCGCGCCCGACGCCGCCGAGAUCGAGGCCUACAUCCGCGAGGCGUGCGAGGCGGCGCGCCCGUCCGUCGAGGUCCUCGACCUAGAGCCCCUGCCUGCGACCGGCAGCGUCGCGCGGACGAUGAAGCAGAACGACGACCAGCUCGGCCUCCUCCUCGACCAGCUCGAGGCCCAGGGCUCCUACACCGUCAUCUACGCCGCCGGGCGGCCGCAGACUCAGACCCAGACCCAGGCACACCCGGCGACCCCGUACACGGCCGAGUUCCCCGACGCCGUGCACGCGGAGCUCCGGCGGGCGCUGCCGCACGCCGUCCGCCAGGGCGCGCGCGAGGCCGAGCCGAACCUGCCCCUGUUCCAGAAAUAUCAAUACUUUUCUCCCGGCAUAUUCACGGCCCUGAUCACUGUCACCGUUCUCGUGUCGAUCCUGUACGCGGGCAUCUCCGCCGUCGCUAGCCUCGAGGUCCCGUACGGCGCCUUCGACAAGGAGAUGGGGCCCGCCGCGCAGAGGAAGCAGCAGUAGGCUCGAGGCCCUUAGCUGACGGCAUUACGUGUAAUUCGAACUACGGAAGUGUACGCGUGGUCUUCUUUUUUUUUUGGUACGAUUUUUCGGGUCAUUGGAGUCUGGGCAAAACAGGUCGCAAAGUUGCAGUGUAGCAUGUCUUCUAGUAACGUAGAAAUCAGUUGUGUAGUGAGGCGAAGUCGUGUUAUAUACGCGCUCACCCACUCGCAGAUACAGCAAGCAUAACAGUAGCGUUUUGUUGACUCGAAAAUUGUAGAUCUACAUAUGGAAGUAGAGCUGGCUUGUUUUCCAGGUUUCGAUCUCUCUCUAGGCUAGCUCUUCUUCCAGAUCGCACAUAACCAUGUUAAGGCAGAAAUAUAGGCCUGCGUAGGAUAAGUAUGGUGUUUCAUGUGGUUUUGCACAUAUGCCCCGUCCGCCUGACUCCUGAACGCCGUUCUCCUACCUGUAGGUCUUUACUUAUUUCUGGACCUCCUGAGCACCUCCCCACCCUCGCUUUCCCCUCUUCUCUACCUUCUUACGUUCCCUCUCCCUUUUCUUGUGAAGCCUCUCCUCGGUUUUGUCCUUCCACCCUACCCUCUCUAUCCCCCAGGAGAAUCUAACUCAGCUCAGUCGAGUCCGCCAUCUAGCCGGCUAAUCGACGAGAAAAGGCCCGCUGGCAUGUUUUCCCAGGUCCGCUCACACAAGGUGGCUGGGUAGCAGGAAGUUGGCGACGCCCUCGCGGACAGU